CGGCAGGCGGGGCUUACGCUGGCUCAGCCAAUCACAGCGGCCGGUCCGAAGCGCCCACCAAAACAUUCGAUUUCAAAUUCAAACGGUCGCAGACGGAGCCGGAGGAGUCCCGGCGGAGAACCAGCGGCGCUAAAGAGACCAUGUCCCGCUUACCAGUCAUGACAAGCAAACGGGUCCUUACAAGCAGCAGCAGCUCUGAGAACAGCCAAGACAUGGCACCCGCUCAGAAGAAGCUUCGUAAGGACCCAGAGCCCGUCAAACCACACGCAGCAGCUACAAUCAUCGGUGGCAAGCGUCCUCCUGUUGCUGCGACCAGAGCACCCAUCUCUAGGUCAGUCAGAGCUGUGGGAGCUGCCACUGUGGCUGUUGGUCCUUCCAGAGGUGUCCUGAAACCAUCUGUAGCUUCAGCUGCACCAAAGGGAGGCAACAUGAAACAAACUGCGGCACCCACUGGUACAAAACCAGGUGGUGGUGGUGGUACCAAGCGGCAUGCAUGGGACCUGAAGGGCAAGGUCAGCGACAUGGAGGGAAAGCUCCGUAACUACCAGUCCAAGGUGAAAUCUGUCAACGAGGAGAAUGACAUUCUUAAAGGCACGAUGGUCCAGAGCAAGAUGAGAGUGACCGAAAUGGAGAGGGAGCUGAAGAGGCAGCAGAGCCAGAUCAGUGAGUAUGAGGACGAGUUACAUGCGUUGUCAGGAGUCCGGGACGAGCUGGAGAAAGUCUCCAGUGAUAAAAGUACUCUUCAGAAGGAGCUCUCCAACUUGGAGGGCAAGUACAAAGUCAUGGAGACUCUCCGAGACAGUCAGGAGACAGAGCUGCAAACUCUCACGAUGAAGCUUUCAGUGCUGGAGUUGACUCUAGCCCGCCUGCAGGGGACCCUCAGAGACACAGAGGAAGAGGUGCGCUCUCUCAAAGAGACCGUGGCUGAGCAGAAAGACGAGCUUCAUGCUGGGGAGAUGGAGCGCAGGCGGCUUCACAAUACCAUCCAGGAGCUCAAGGGCAAUAUCAGAGUGUUCUGUAGAGUGCGCCCACUGGUGGACGGAGGCCUCAGCAAGCACAUUCAGCUCCCGACUAGUGACAUCAAGACCAUAACGCUGGCCAAAACAGAGGAGUCUCACACAGGCAAAACUGCAGACACUCAGAAGAAUUACAACUUCAACUUUGAUCGCGUGUUUGGCCCCGGGGCUUCACAGCAGGAGGUCUUUGAAGAGAUCUCUCUGCUGGUGCAGUCAGCACUGGACGGCUACAACGUCUGCUGCUUUGCCUAUGGCCAGACAGGGAGUGGAAAGACGUACACCAUGGAGGGAGACGAGUUUGAUAAGACCAGAGGUGUCAUUCCCAGAGCCGUGCAGCAAAUCUUCAGAGCAGCAGAGAAGCUGGCAACACAGGGCUGGGAGUUCACCUUCACAGCGAGCUUUGUUGAAAUUUACAACGAGACCCUGCGGGACCUCCUCUACACUGGGAAGGCCAGCAAGAGGCCCGAGCAUGAGAUCCGGAAGUCGACCAACAAUGAGGUGACCAUCACCAACCUCACCUACGAGAAGGUCUCCAACGAGGAUCAGGUCCUCGGCCUCAUCGCUUUGGCCAAUCAGAAUCGCUCCACAGCCCAGACGGCCCAGAACGACCGCUCCUCUCGCUCCCAUUCAGUCUUCCAGCUGGAUAUCGAGGGAGUGAAUGCUGGCAGGGAUGUCAAAUGCAAGUCCACUCUGUGCCUGGUGGACUUGGCUGGCAGCGAGCGAAUGCUGAAGAGUCAGUCUCAGGGUGAACGCUUCAAAGAGAUGACGGCCAUCAACGGCUCCCUGUCCAACCUGGGCAUCGUCAUCAGCGCGCUGGCCAACAAGGAGAGCUACGUUCCGUACAGGAACUCCAAGCUUACCUACCUUCUGCAGGGCUGCUUGGGAGGAAACAGCAAAACCCUGAUGUUUGUGAACAUCGCCCCGGAGUCAGACAGUUUUGGGGAAACCCUCAACUCCUUGAGGUUCGCCAGCAAGGUGAACGACUGUGUAAUUGGGACUGCGAGUGCCAACAGGAAGUAGUGCGGCGUGCUUAAAAGAAACUCUAUUCUUACCUUUUUUAUUAUUAUUAUUAUUACGGUCACAACAUGAAAUGUUCAGUGUAAUUGUUUCCAGUAGCUUGUACUUUCACAUUGUGCUGUUUGACACACGCUUUGGUGCCAACCAGUAAAAACCAAAACAUCUGUUUGUAUAUUCUCAGGACUUUGAUCACUAAUACAAGCUUUUAAACAUUUUUAUGCCUCUGUGUAAAUCAAGUGUAUGUGUACAUACGCGUUAUUCUAUCCAGAUUUUUCUUUCUUUUUAAAUGCAUGAUCGGCCUCUUGACUUAUGAUCUAACAGACAUUUAAUCUCUUUAUUCAUUUACGCAUGUUUAAGUGUGUUACAUAUACUUGUAGUGCAAUUAAACUCAUACUGUCAUUUUUGUUUAGUUUUUUCUUUGGAUCUGUGUUCGAAGGUGUGUUUGUUUUUGUGCUCACCUCUGGCCCAACAUAAUAAAGACAUUCAGUGGCUGAGCUACUGACUGCAUA